AUGGUGGACACGCGAGCUAAUGGCUAUACCGAAACCAGCAACAAUGUACGAAACCGUCCUAGAAAUCAACACGGACCCAUCCCCGCAGGGGCUGACAUUUCCAAUAACCUAGGUCAUCAAAUUUUGGAGGAACUAGGGCAAAUAAGGAACAAUCGGCAGAAUGAGAGGACUCGACUCUUUUCUGAGUUUCGAAAGCAGAGGCCUCCAAAGUUCACAGGUGUGCCGGACCCGAAGGUAGCUGAAAAUUGGCUUCGGCAGAUAGAGAAAAUGCUAGACACCAUGGGCAUAACCGAGACCGCUGAUAGAAUAGCUUUGGCAGUAUUCAAGCUUGAUGAUGAGACUGACCAUUGGUGGGAGUUAAUCAAGAAUACUCGUGAUGUAGCAAGCCUAUCAUGGAACCAAUUCAGGGAACUAUUCCUAAAUAAAUACUUCCCAAGUACUAUCCGCCGAGAACGAGUUAAGGAAUUCCAAAACCUGGAACAAGGAAAUAUGACCGUGACCCAGUAUAUUGCAAAAUUUGAAGAGCUAGCCCGUUACGCAACUAGAUACGUAACAAACGAUGAAGAGAAAGCAAAGAUGUUCGAGUAG